AUGCGGACCCCACAAGCGCCCUGGCCGCUGGUCUGGGCCGUGCUGCAGCUGGGCUGGCGGCCAGGAUGGCUCCUAGGCUUCCCGGACGGGCCCGGGAGCCCCCUCACCUUCUGCCCGGCCCGGCUGGCCGUGCCCGAGGGGGACAAUGCCACCUUCACCUGCAGCUUCCACAACACGUCCGAGCACCUGGUGCUCAACUGGUACCGCAUCAGCCCCGGCAACCAGACAGACAAGCUGGCCACCUUCCCCGAGGACCACCUCCUGCCCCACCGGGACGGCCGCUUCCGUGUCACGCCGCUGCCCAACGGGCGCGACUUCCACAUGAGCAUCCUCGCCGCCCAGCGCAACGACAGCGGAAUCUACUUCUGCGGGGCCAUCCCCAAGGCGCAGAUCACAGAGAGCCCCCGCGCCGAGCUCACGGUGACAGAGAGAGCUGUAGAGCCCACAGCACAGCCCAGCCCCUCGCCCGGGCCAGCUGGCAAGUUCCAAGGGCUGGUGGUUGGCAUCUCGAGUGUCCUGGUGGGCGUCCUGGUGUUGCUGUUGCUAGCCUGGGUCCUGGCCACCUGCUCCAGGACCACAAGAGGAUGUAGGGUGCAGGCCGCCUUCCUGGCUGAGCCGUGCGGUGUGGCCUGUGCCACCACCCAGAGAGUGGCUGACCCCUUCUUUCCUCUCCGCCUAAAGAAGGAGGACCCCUCCGUCGUGCCAGUGUUCACCGUGGACUACGGGGAACUGGACUUCCAGUGGCGAGAGAAGACCCCGGAACCCCCUGUCCCCUGUCUCCCUGAGCAGACCGAAUACGCCACCAUAAUCUUCCCUGAUGGCCUCGACACCUCAUAUCUGGGCCGCAGGGGCUCAGCCGACGGCCCUCGGGGUCCCCGGCCUCUGAGGCCUGAGGAUGGACACUGCUCUUGGCCCCUCUGA